AAUAACAGUUUCCAUGAUUUUCCUUUCAGCUGUCACAUGCUUACUUCACAUUAUGUUGUAUAAAUAAGGAAGUUAGAGCUCGGCAUAAAAACGAUUUUUUUUGUUUAUUUAUUGAGCUUAGCGAUGGUGGUGCUAAGGGGCUAAGCUUCUUGACCCUAUCUUCUAACCUACGUCAGCAUCCAGGUAAGCGGAUGUUCUCAACGAGUCAGCAGGGUGUUUAUGGCAUACCACUAGCAACGAUUGUCAUUUGGCCCCUCUACUGCAGAGCCAAAUGAACACGCAAAAUCGGCAACUAGGAAUAGUCAAUUGACGGGUGUACAUCAACAUGGUAGUAAAACUAUUCUGGCUUUGGGAAGCUAACUCCAGGAUCCAAGCUUAUCUUACUCAAUGGCCAUCUCUUCAUCCCUGGGCACCAUUACAAGGUAGUAAUACCUUGAGUUGAGUUUGUCCUGACUCCUGAGGAAGAAUGGUUGACCUUGCGGCGCCGAUGAACAUCAAGAGGAAGGAUGUUGAGGUGGUGGGCGGCCAUGGAUUCUCCAUCUUUCUUGAUCCUAAGAGGAUCAAACUACAUCUUCAGGACAGAAAAACCCUGGACAUGAUGGAAGAGGAUGAACCACUGGUGCAUGCUCCAACUUCUACUGCUACUGAGCCAACCAUCGUCCAUGACAAGGUGAACUUCGUAUCAGUGGGCAUAUCGUCAGAGCCACCAUCCAAGGUCAGCGAAGAUCAGAGCGCUGCGGCACAGGCACCAAUGGACAUGGAGAUGGAGGCAGAUUGGCAGCAGCACCAGCUGUGCCAGAACGUUUCCUUCUUUUCAGGUGAAUUCUGAAUACUCUACUAAUUGCAGGUUUCUUCUGACUUCUGAAUGGCACUCGACAGAAAAGAAAAUAUCCUGCGGAAACUGGAUCCUUGAUGGGAUGUAGCCUGAAUAGAUAGAGCAUAGAGCAUGUCUAUUCAUGUUAUUGCAGUGUAAUGCUACAUUUAUAUAGUGGUAGAGAUUUGUGCUCUAUUUUUUUUUUUUUGCUGUAUAAAAAUGAAAGGACUCUGGAGCUGAUAAAAAAGACGAAUGCCUCAUAUUACAAUACAUGAUUGUGAGUAGCAA